AUGGAACAAAGAAAACGUGAACGAGAAAUAGCGAGAGGAUAUCUGUUUGGAUGUGCAGCUGCUGUGCUUUUGUGGACUGUAGCAUCAGCGCAAUUACGGUAUUCGAUCUCUGAAGAAGUUGAAGACGGAACUAUGGUUGGAAACAUAGCAAGAGAUCUGGGAUUAGAUAAAAACACGUUGAAAGACCGGAAGUAUCGGAUUGUUUCAAGUAAUGCGGAUCCCCUUUUCUAUGUGAAUCCAAACGACGGCGUUCUGUAUGUGAGCAGAAAGAUUGACAGAGAGGAGGUGUGUGCGCAGAGCAGUGCGUGUGUAAUAAAUGUCAAAACAGUGCUAGAAAACCCGCUGGAGGUCCAUUAUGUGGAAGUGGAGGUUGUAGAUAUAAAUGACCAUGAGCCCAUUUUCCACGAAAAAGACAAGAAAUUGGAGAUUUCAGAGUCAGUGUUGCCCGGAGCACGAAUCCAGCUAAAAGCUGCGCUUGAUCGAGACAUUGGUCAGUUUUCCGUGCAGCAGUAUAAACUUAGCAACAACGACCAUUUCCGUUUGGAAGUUAAGGAUAAAGGAGACGAUGGUAAAAUACCUAUUUUAGUUGUUCAAAAAUCUUUAGACAGAGAAAUAGCAGGAAGCCAUUCACUAAUACUGAGGGCCCUUGAUGGGGGCAAACCUCCGAAAUCAGGUGACAUGAAUAUCCUGGUAAAUGUUUUGGAUAUUAAUGAUAACGCACCUGCUUUCCCUAAACAUGAUUAUUCUUUUACACUCAGUGAAAAUAUUCCCCUCGGAACAAUAGUCGUACAAGUAAAUGCAACGGAUUUGGAUGAUGGGCCUAACGGAGAGAUAGUUUACUCAUUUAGCAACAGUAUGAAUCAAAAUAUAUUAAAUCUAUUUGACAUUAAUUCAAUGACAGGGGAAAUAACUGUUAAAAAUUUAAUAGAUUACGAAGAAAGGGACAAAUAUGAAAUAGAAAUCCAGGCAUCAGAUAAAGGUUUGGCUCCUCUUAGCACAGAAAAAAGCGUCAUAAUCAAGAUAGUUGAUGUAAAUGAUAACGCACCUGAGAUUGAGGUUACUUCGUUUUCAAAUUCCAUCCCUGAAGAUUCCAGGCCUGGAACUACAGUAGCUCUUAUUAGUAUAAAUGAUUUGGACUCUGGUCUUAACGGAAAAGUGAUCUGCAGUCUCAAUAAAAAUGUACCCUUCAGCCUGUCGCCAUCUUUACAGGACAAAAUGUUUUCAUUAGUGACCAAAUCCCCUCUGGACAGAGAGAAACAGUCACAAUAUGAGUUGACAAUAACGGCAAAAGACGCAGGUCAGCCACAGUUAUCAUCUGAGAAGACAAUAAGCGUUACGGUGUCCGAUGUGAAUGACAAUAGUCCAGAGUUUUCACUGAGCCCAUAUACUUUCUAUGUUACUGAGGGGAACAAUCCAGGAGCUUCAGUUUUUUCUGUUAAAGCCUCUGAUCGUGAUGAGAAUGACAAUGCGCGCAUUUCCUAUCAUAUUAUCAGAGACGGAAGUGAAGAUAAUAAAUUCACUUCAUUUCUAAACAUAAACUCUGAAAAUGGCAACGUUUUAGCGUUGAAAAGUUUUGAUUUUGAAACGCUGAAAACUUUCCAAUUCCAAGUUGUUGCCUCAGAUUCUGGAACUCCGUCAUUAAGCAACAAUGUCACAGUCAACGUCUUCAUCCUAGAUCAGAACGAUAAUGUUCCAGUCAUGCUGUAUCCACUCAGCUCCAACGGCUCUGCUCAAGGUGUGGAGGAGAUUCCCCGAAACGUCAACGCAGGACACUUGGUGACUAAAGUCAGAGCCUAUGACGCUGAUAUAGGAUAUAAUGGCUGGUUGCUCUUUUCACUGCAGGAAGUGACUGACCACAGUCUCUUUGCUUUGGACCGCUAUACAGGACAGAUCAGAACACUUCGCUCAUUCACAGAGACAGACGAGGCUGAGCAUAAACUGCUCGUACUGGUCAAAGACAACGGCAACGUUUCUCUCUCAGCAACAGCUACAGUGAUUGUCAAACUUGUGGAGCCCAAAGAGGCUUUUGCAGCUUCUGAUGUUAAAAGUGCAGCAAAAGAUGAUGAGGACAGUAAUGUCAUAUUUUACCUCAUGAUAUCUUUGGGCGCAGUUUCUGUACUUUUUCUCGUCAGCAUCAUCGUGCUGAUUGCAAUGCAGUGCUCCAAAUCCACAGACUAUACGUCUAAAUAUCUGCCAGAGACUAAUUAUGAUGGGACACUGUGUCACAGCAUCCAGUACAGAUCAGGAGAGAAGCGGUACAUGCUAGUUGGACCCAGAAUGAGUAUAGGAUCUACUAUAGUUCCGGGCAGUCAUGCAAAUACUCUAGUGCUGCCUGAUAGGAGAAGGACAUCUGAAGAGGGGAAGCAUUGA